UCUGUCGUAAUACGACGACAUUGUACGCGGUCGCGCCAUUUCAAUUCCGCUUAGUAAAUUAAAAAUAUAAUACUUGCAUCAAAACCGUCUUGACCGACAUUUAAAUAAAAAUACUCAAGUCCACACUCAAACAAUUUAAAAAAUAAACGUAUAUAACAUUAAAUUAAAUACAACCUGUAUUUAAUUUGUACCUGUACCUAAUUUUAAAGUUCAAAAACUUUGUUAAGUUUUACGAGAGAAGUAAUAUAUAUUUUUUUUAGGAUAAUGAAUAAAAUGAAUCUAUAUUAUGUAGCUUACCUAUAAAGUUGUCCCGGUAAUCAUAUAAAAGUCACUAUUUAUUUAAUAUACCUACAUCCAAAACAAAUAAAAAGUUGUAAAAAAUGAAAAAUCUUUGUGUGCUAUUACUGUUUUGUGCCUGUGCUCCGCUGGUACUCCUGCAAGGACCUGGUUCUGGAACAAAUGGAAACUUGCGACUUUGUGUAGUCGAAGGACGGGGACCUCUGAAGCGUGGCGCAGCCUUUUGCCCUCUGCUGGAUGAAGAGCCUUCGGGACUGGAGUGUGUCUUGGGAACUGAUCAGCUCGACUGUCUCCGUCGAAUAAGCAAAGGCACUGUUGAUUUCGGCGUCUUCAGUCCUGAAGACCUGAUAGCUUCGCAGUGGGCCAACAUCGACGUGUUAGUCACUGAUGAACUGCGAAGCCGUUUUAGACCGUACGAACGAAGCAUUGUAUCAGUUGUAAAUCGGCGCAUUUUACCUGACCGGCCGUCUUCGUUGGACUUUGUUCUGCGCAACACCACUCUCUGCCACCCUGGUGUCGGCGCUAACGACCUACGACCGCUAUCGGACACUCUGGCUGGGUAUUUGGAAUCCCUAAUAAUACCUCGUGCGUGCGACCCCAACCUGACUCUGACGGAGAACAAGAUAAAGGCGGUUUCUAAUUUCUUCCACAUGGCUUGCAAAGCUGGCCCCUGGGUACCAGAUGUAGAGAGAGAUGCCGAGCUCAAGCGUAAAUACCCUUCUUUAUGCGGAGCCUGCGCGAACCCCGCGUGUACAGUUCACGACAAGUACUGGGGUCCAACGGGCACCUUGCAAUGCCUUGUGUCCAACGCUGGCGAGGUCAUGUGGGGGGAACUUGACGACGUGAACUUUUUCUUUGGAUUAAACACAACAUCGGCGACUUCGGACCCCUAUCCCAUAAGCAAACAAUACGCGUUUCUUUGUCGCGAUGGCACAUGGCAACCUAUAGAAAACAACCUGUCACCCUGCGUAUGGCUCAACCGACCUUGGCCCGUCGUCAUUGCCAAAAGGAAGGCUGCGGCGGCUGUGAGCAUAUUGGUGGGUUCAAUAAAGGAAGACGAUUUAUUCGGCACCCAUUGGCGGAAGGCCCUUACUGCCCUGCUGGAAAUACGACAGGUUCCUACGCCAUUGAACCCACCCAAAACCCCCUUGGACUAUUUGGCAUCAGCUCAAGGUUUCAGGGAAGCGUAUAGCCAGAGUGGUUGUGAUCCACCAAGGCACAUAACCCUUUGCACCACGUCUAAUCUGGAGAGGAAUAAGUGCGAAUGGCUAAGCGAGGCUGGUGCGGUGUACGGAGUCAACCCCCCAUUGCAGUGCAUCGUGAGGAACAGCACUCGUGACUGCCUCCAGGCGGUGAGGGGACGAGAGUGCGACGUCGCUGUUGGGGACAGCGAGUGGCUGAUGCCCAGCACCAGGGACUUCGGCUUGGAACCUCUCCUCUACGAAACGACACCCAUAGUCGAAAAAAUGGACACAGUCGUAGCGUAUGUCAGGAAAACUGACAUGAUAACAAAGAUGGAGGAACUGAAAGGGAAACGGGCAGCCUUCCCGCAAUAUGACGGAAUAGCCUGGCAUACAGUCUUACAGUAUUUGAGAGAAAAGGAGAAAAUUACCUGCGCAGGCGCAAUGACUGGCUACUUCAGUGAUAUAUGCGCUCCAGGUGUUGAAGCAGUGAAAGGAGAUGUCAGUCAAGCGAAUAUAGAUACGUUUACAAAUGGCUGUAUCAAAAAUGAUGGAGUUGUGAGCGGGGAGGUAGCGGCUCUGCAGACGCUUGUGGAGGGAAAAAGCGAUGUUGCCUUCAUAAGCAUGAAAACUGUGAAUUUGUACCAAAAUAAGCAAAUUAUUGAGUCAUGGGCUGACAACAUUAUCGACAUAGUCCCGAUAUGUCCUGAAGAAAACAAAAAAUAUUGCUACCUCUCGUGGUCCAACAUUGGCCACAUCUUCGCUGCUAGUAACAUAACGGAUAUGAGACGCCACGAAAUUGUCAACGUAUUCACAAAACUCGACCAACGGUUUGGCAAACAUCAGCCAUUGCAUAAUGUUAUGUUCACCAUGUUUGGUCCAUUCAACCACGUGUUGGAUGUAUUGUUCCAUAAUAAUACAAAGAGUUUGUCCACUGCCAAUAUAUUUAAAAUGCAUCCUUACGCAUCUAUGCCUCUUAAUUUUGAGCGCACUAUUUUACAAGACUCGACUGACAGCUGUCAAAUCACAGAUUUGGCGCGCGAUUCCGCCUUUAAUUUUGCGCCUACAUUUUUACUAUUGGCAUCAUGUUUAGUCAUUACUAUUAUAGGUAGCUAAUACUUGUAUAUAUUUCUAG